GAAAAGCCAACUCCUCUCAGGCCAAAGACAGCACAGAGUGGAAGUGACAAACAGAAUCUCCCCUUCUCAGUAUAUUCACUUGUGGCAAGAAGAACACGACAAGUCAGCAUGAGUACUACAGGGAAGGUUAUCAAAUGCAGAGCAGCCAUACUCUGGAAGCCUAAUGCACCAUUUUCCAUUGAGGAGGUAGAAGUGGCCCCACCAAAGGCAAAGGAAGUUCGCAUAAAGAUCGUGGCCACAGGGCUCUGUGGUACAGAGAUGAAUGUGUUGGAGAGUAAUACCUGUUAUCCCAUCAUUCUGGGCCAUGAAGGGGCUGGAAUAGUUGAGAGUGUGGGAGAAGGAGUGAGCACCAUAAAAACAGGUGAUAGCGUUAUCACACUCUUUCUACCACAGUGUGGAGAAUGUGCCUCUUGCCUUAAUUCCAAGGGCAAUUGUUGUGUGCAAAUGAAACAGUCAUACACCCACGUGAUGUCUGACGGUACCAGUAGGUUUACCUGCAAGGGAAAACCAGUAUAUCACUUUGCAAAUACAAGCACCUUCUCUGAAUACACAGUAAUAAGAGAAAUAUCAGUUGCCAAGAUUGAUAAAGUUGCACCUCUGGAGAAAGUAUGCCUAAUUAGCUGUGGUUUUUCCACUGGGUAUGGUGCUGCAAUCAAUACUGCCAAGGUGACCCCGGGCUCCACCUGUGCGGUGUUUGGCCUUGGCGGAGUCGGCCUGUCUGUGAUCAUGGGCUGUAAAGUGGCUGGAGCAGCCAGGAUCAUUGGGGUGGACAUCAACAAAAGCAAAUUUGAGAAGGCAAAGGAAUUGGGUGCCACUGAGUGUAUCAGCCCACAGGACUUCAAGAAACCUAUCCAAGAAGUUUUAGUUGAUAUGAUAGGAGCUGGUGUGGAAUUUUGCUUUGAGGUCAUUGGGAAUCCAGAAACAGUGGCAGCUGCGCUGGCUUCCUGCCAUGAGAGCCAUGGGGUCUGUGUGAUUGUUGGGCUCCUCAAGUAUGGUGUCCAACUCAAAAUCGAUGGCUUCUUGUUCUUAUCAGGACGCACUUUGAAAGGAACUGUUUUGGGAGGCUGGAAAAGCAGAGAAAAUGUCUCUCAACUGGUUUCUGAAUAUAUGGCAAAGAAGUUUAAUUUAGAUCCACUAAUUACUCAUAACCUGAAACUUGAGAAAAUCAAUGAAGCAGUUGAAUUAAUGAAAACUGGAAAAUGUAUCCGCUGUGUCCUAAUACUUUAAGUGCAAUGUAAUGAAAAUGCAAGAUCUGCAGGAUAUUUCGCCAACUGAAUUGCAUUCUGCAUAAUUUCCAUGAUUUAGAAGAAUUAUCGCACAAUACUGUUGCUAUCUUCCUGCCUCUAAUGAAUUUAGUAGUGAGCUUAUGUCUGACUUCUGCUCUCACCACCUCAUCGAAAUUUAUCUCAUGUGACCCAGUCUCACCCAGGGAUACCCUCCCUUUUAGAGCUAGAUCAAUGUUAAUUUGAACCACUAAAUUCCAAACACUUCAAACAACACAGUCACCCCCAAAAUACUCCCAUUUUCAUAGUUGUCUCUACCUCUGGGCCCGUGUUUCUUUUCACACUAUAUUUCUCAACCGCUUGAUGAUCGCUUAUUUCAUGCCAAAGAAUCAAAACUCACCAUUCAUGAGUUUAUUGAACAUUCAGUUUGAAGCAAGCUGAUGGAAGUGGAGGUGGGGUCUUUAUUACAUCAACUUAAAUAAAUUCCAAUUAAACAUUAAGUAUUUCAUUCUUUUUUAACAUAUUUUAUUGAUUAUGCCAUUACAGUUGACCUAUUUCCCCCCUUCAUUCCCCUCCACCCUGCACACCCCCUCCCCCACCAUUUCCCCCCUUUUAGUUUAUGACCAUGUGUCUCAAGUUCUUUAAAUUCUAUAUUUCCCCUACUAUUCUUGCCCGCCCCCCAUCUGUUUUCUACCUACCAUCUAUGCUACUUAUUCUGUGUUCCUCCUCCUUCUCCUUCUCCCACUCCCCUGUUGCUAACCCUCCAUGUGAUCUUCAUUUCUAUGGUUCCGCUCCUGAUCUAGCUGUCCUCUUAGUUUGCUUUUGUUUAGUUGUGGUUGUUAAUAACUGUGAGUUUGCUGUCCCUUCACUGUUCAUACUUUUUAUGUUCUUUCUCUUAGGUAAAUCCCUUUAACAUUUCAUAUAAUAAGGGCUUGGUGAUGAUGAACUCCUUGAACAUGACCUUAUCUGAGAAGCACUUUAUCUGCCCUUCCAUUCUAAAUGAAAGUUUUGCUGGAUAGAUCAAUCUUGGAUGUAGGUAUUUGGAUUUCAUGACUUGGAAUACUUCUUUUCAUCCCCUUCUUGCCUGUAAGGUCUCUUUUGAGAAAUCAGCUCACAGUCUGAUAGGAACUCCUUUGUAGGUGACUAUCCCCUUAUCUCUUGCUGCUUCUAGAAUUCUCUUCUUCAUUUUAAUCUUGGGUAAUGUAAUUAUGAUGUUCCUUGGUGUGUUCCUCCUUGGGUCCACCUUCUUUGGGACUCUCUGAGCUUCCUGGACUUCCUGGAAGUCUAUUUCCUUUGCCAGAUUGGUGAAGUUCUCCUUUAUUAUUUGUUCAAAUAAGUUUUCCACUUGUUGCUGUUCCUUUUCCCCUUCUGGUACCCCUAUAAUUCGAAUGUUGGAACAUUUAAAGAUGUCCUGGAGGUUCCUAAGCCUCUCCUCAUUUUUUUGAAUUCUUGCUUCUUCACUCUUUUCUGUUUGGCCAUUAUUUGCUUUCUUCUGGUCCACUCCAUUGACUUGAGUCCCAGUUUUCUUUCCAUCACUAUUGGUUUCCUGUACAUUUCCCAUCAUUUCAAUUAGUUUAGCCUUCAUUUGUUUCUCUAAUUUGUGACUAAAAUCAACCAGUUCUGUGAGCACCCUGAUCACCAAUGUUUUGAACUGUGCAUCUGAUAGGUUGGUUAUAUCUUAGUCACUUAGAGUUAUAGGCUCUCAGACUUUGAGUUCUUCUUGAGCCAUGUUUUGGUCUGUUCGUGCCUGUUAUGUACGAGGAGCGGAGCCUUAGGUGUUCACCACGGAAGUGCCACCCAGGUCACUGGGUUGUGAUGCUGUAUGUGGGAGUGGGGUCAAAGAGGGGCAAUAGUGGUCCCCUCUGCUGCUUCCUGCUGCUGGGGCCUGCGCAGUCUUGUCUCACUGCUUGCUCCUUUGCUGGUUUAUCUGCGUGCGAAUGUGUGACCACAGUCAGCCUGCCAUCUUGUGCCCUCACUGGGUUUUCUCGUUGCUACCUCACACCUGGGAUCCGCCCAUGGCUGCCUGCAUGCCUGCAUCAGGGGACCUUUCCUGCCCAACCAUGCUCCACCUCUCCUACUGGUUUGGCUGAAUGGUUCGUUGUUGUCAGACUUCCAUAUAGUUCAAUUUUCUGUGUUUUGGCAAGGUUUUUGUUACUAAAACUUUAUUGUCUUUAAACUUGGUUGUGUGAGAAGGCACAAUGUUUCUACCUACACCUCCAUCUUGGCAGAAGUCCAAGUAUUUCAUUCUUAAUAUUACUCACCCCAGAAAAACUUCAACUGGUAUUUCACCUUAUAUAACCUGGCCUGAAACCAUCACUUAUAAUAUCUCUGUGGUACUCACCUUUUCUCUUGUGGAUUGCCAUAGGAACUUCAAAUUGCUCUUUAAUUGGCCAAGACAAUUUAGCUCUCAGAAGUUCAUAUUACCUGGCUUCAUAACCAAGCCAUCUGGAAUUCAACAGAAAGAGAAAAGGGCUUGAGGGGAAGCCCUUUUGCUUUAAACCCUAUUGCUUAAAACCACAUCUGCCUCCUAUACUUCCUGGGAUGCAGCUGUGGUUUUAAGCAAUAAAACUGGCUAUUAUUCCACUCUCUAAGGAAAUAGAGGAUACUUGCAUAGUUCAAUACAAAGGUGUGUCACAGAGUCUUUUCUCCAAGAAUAGGAUGAGAGAAAGACAAGAUCCAACAGUGAUUUGUGGCAUCCAAUUCUUUUCCAUCCAUGCCCCAACCCCUCUGCCCUAAUCACUCUUAAUUCUCCUAGAAUCUGGGGUAAUAUCAAACCCUCUUGGGAUAUGGCUUCUUUCCUAUCCCCUGAUAUAGAUUGGGUCUCUUUCUAACCUUCUCCCCCAGUACGCACACCAGGAGCUUCCUUCCUAUUUAAAGUCUCUUCUGCUGCAUCUUGGGCUUCCCUACAUCUAAACCCACUGGAUUAGACAGGGAUCCAACAAGGAAAAAAUGGUUAACUUAAAUUUCAGCUAAUACUUUUUUGAUUUGCUGUUUACUGUCAACACUUUGUACAAACACAGUUGUCCUUAGGGCCUUUCCCCCUCCAACCUACAAAUUUUAAAAAAUGGCUUCUACAUUUAUUUAGUUCAACCUGCUAUCUCUAUUAAAAUCAGAGAAGGGGCCUGGGUCCCUGUGGACUGCCACUAACAACUGCCUCCGCUCUGAUUCAUUAUAAAGAGUAUUUUGAUAAAGACAGAGGGCUCAGGAUAGGGUACACCCUAUCAGGGUUGCUGCUGCCAACAAGAAUGAAGACUUUUCCUUCUCCAUUUUCCCAAGUCUGAGCUGGAAUUCCCAUGCCCAAUGCUGCUCUGGUCUUCUGUUCCCUGAGGAGCAGCUAAAGUGUGCUCCUACUCUGCUUGUCAAAUUAACCUUACUAACAGUGAGUACUUAGAGAAGUCUUCAGAUCUUGUGAGGUCUGAGUUUGCCCCAAAAUGUUUUGCUGUAAACAGCACCUACACGCUGCUUCAAUAAAGCCUAAUUUUUUAAUAUUUCUUUUUUAUUUUUUUAUUUAGUUAUUUUCAAGUACAGUUUUUUGUCUAUUUCUUCCAUCCCAGCCCCCCCGUCCCCGUGCUCCCCACUUCCCUCCCAUCUCUACCCCCCCCCAGCUCUUGUCCCUGCAUCCCUCAUAUUUGUUCCUCCAAAUCCCUCCCCCUUCCCCCUUAAACUCCCUUCCCUCUCCCCUCUGGUCACCAUCCCCAUGUCCUCUAUUUCAGUGUCUUUGUUUUUAUUCUGCUUGCUUGUUCGUUUUGUUGUUUAGCUUCCUGUUAAAGGUUAGAUCAUAUGGUAUUUGUCUUUCAACCCCUGGCCUAUUUCACUCAGCACAAUGCUUUCCAGUUCCAUCCAUGUUGUUGCAAAGGGUAGGAGCUCCUUCUUUCUCUCUGCUGCAUAGAAUUCCAUUGUGUAUAUGUACCACAAUUUUUUUAUCCAUUCAUUUACUGUUGGGCACCUAGGUUGCUUCCAACUCUUGGCUAUUGUAAAUUGUGCUGCUAUGAACAUUGUGGUGCAUAGGUUCUUUGAAAUUGAUGUUUUGG